UUCCAGUCUUGUUGAACCUUGAACAGCUUCACUUUCCCAUCGCCUCAACUCUUCACCAUUCUGUGCCAGCCCACCCUGAAGAAGCGCGCCUCCCAAUCUCCAAUUUGAGAUUCACUUCUGCGCAGUCAGCUUCAUCGCUGGGCUUCACUUUCUCCUUUGCUCUCCUGCAUCUUCCAUUCGCUUCUUUGUAAAUCUUUUCUCUGUUGCGACAUGGCCUGCGAUUAGCUUCAGCUGUUCCGCGCAUCUCGAAGAGCUCCUCAAUCAUUCUUCACUAAUACCCCAGCCCUUCGGACGAUAAUGCAACUUGUCCACUCCACGUGCAACAAUGUCAGAUUAUCCUUCGAUGCCAUCGUAUCCCACCGGAUACGGUGCUCGCGAUCAACAGAAUCCUCCCUACCUUCCUCCUACCUACCCCAACCAAUAUCUACAAGCAGACGAUAGUCAGCAAGCACAAACGGCAUCUCAUUAUGACACUUCAAUGUCAGCGUAUGGAUAUAAUAGGUCUAUUCCCUCUUUCAGUGCUUCUGCUGUAGCCGCUGGUGUUCCCCCUCUGCCCAUAUUUCAAGGUUGGAACCAAGACUCUGUCCCGCUGCCGCCAUAUACCACCUCAAAUAAUGGAACUCAAUACUCGGGCUACACAAACAGUGCGCAAAAUUCUGCGCCCUACUAUCCCCAGCUUAAUCAGCCUGCAUACCAGCCACAGAUCCCAGGGUCCAAGCCCUUUGACCAAGGUGAUCUAGAUGAGGGAGAAUAUGAGGACCCUUCAAACGAAAUCCACACUCCUGUGGCCAGCUUCAACAGCCAGUUCCGAGAACAUGGUGGUACGGGUUAUACUGAUUCUGCUCAACGCGCCAUAUAUUCCAAAGCGAAUGAAUACAGCCCACAGCAAUCAGCCUACCCUGCAAAUAAUCACAACUACUCCCCAAGAGAUUCGUCACGUAACAGACGGCAGCAGUCUGGCUCCUACUCACCUUAUAUACCUUCGUCGGAUGAGCAAUCACAAACAGCAAAAUACAAUUCAUACGCACCCAUUCGUCCCGAAGAUGGUAUCAAUGGUACACCCCAAAGUCAGCAUGAUUGGUCACGAAAUGAUGCAGGUUCUUCAGUCGGAACGAAAAGCCAAAUAAAUGGAAAUCGUUUAGCUUCAAAAGUCGAUGUUGAGCCUGCUCCUACUCAAGCGACAUCCACAACGAAUGGAAGAUCUGUAUCCGAGUCGCGGAGGAAAGCUCAAUCAGCAAUCCUCAAUCUUUGGCCUUAUGACGUUCGUUAUCAGACUUAUAUUGACGAAGGGUUCAGCAAAGAGGUUGUUGGAAGUCUCUUCGAUGAGCUCAAGAUGACACGAAACUCUGUCAAAUCUACCAACGAGGAAUCUACUCUUGGAGCACUCUCGGUUGGUUUGAAGCAGCAAAUUGGCAAAGAAAAUAUCCCUUCGGGGCCUUCGAACAGUGCUGCCACUAGUGGGCCCCCAGGUAUCAAGACCGACAGCAACGCCGUGGGUAAAGAUCGCACCUCUUUAGGUCCCAGUGCUUCUUCUGCAAAUACUGGUGGCAAGCAAACUUUGGCUGGGCCAAAUCCUACGGCAGCUCUUGCCAAACCAGCAGCCAUGACGGAGAAAGAGAAGACGCUUCAAUCAAAAAUGGAGGCUCUACGAAAGUCAAGAGAGGAGCGUGCACAAAAGGCGGCCGCAAAAACUGUCAGCAAACCUCCCACUACAAAUGCCGAAGCCCCAAUUCCUCAAGUAGAGCAGGCCAAGACGUUUACUUCUAACCCGACGACGUCGCCUUCACCUCUUACUACUUCUUCCGUCCCAGCUCCUCCAUCUACAGUCGACAGCAAUCCUUUGACAUCGAAUACAUCCGCAACUCUGGCGAAUCCACCUCAGCAACUUUCUAAAAUCCCUGGUCUGUUUCUGGCGUCUGGUUCAAGCAACGCUCCCGCUGCGAUUUCAUCCUCCAAACUGUCAUCUUCAAGUGUCAACACUGUGCGAAAACGUCCAGUUGCAGCCGACUUCGAUACACCGACGCCAAUGAGUACUCCUUUCAAGCGACCUUUCGGUCACAGCCGCGCCGAUCAACGUCUCGUCAUCACUGUCAGUGAUGAUGAAGCAGAUUCUGAAGAUGAAGAUGUUGCAAUGGAUCUUGAAUCUCAAGCAACGCAAGAUUCACCAACGCAGUCAGCAAGAAGGAUAUCCGAUCACCGUUCUGCUGCAGUCCAAAACCUCCCUCCUCUUUCGAACUUUCCCCAACGGAAGCCUUACACGUCACCGCCAAAUUCUUCUGCCGCAAAUACUCCACCUCUACCAAAUGUACCGGAUACUGCUGGCCGCUUAACCCACGUUCAGAGUGAGAUGGAGAAGUUGCGGAAGCAAAUUGCCUUGCGUGAAGCUCGUCAGAGAGCGAAGCAAGCUUCCAGUAGAUCACGUACACCUCAAGUUUCUGAAGACCACGGAUCCAGUACAAAUAUUGCCACUCCUCCUGCCGCCAGUAUUGCCAGUAAGGUCGAGACUUCCAUACAGAUACAGGAGAUGAUUGAAACUGCUUCCACCAAUGUUGCUAUCAAUCAACAGCGGCUGGCUGAUGCUCAGGCUGCUGAGGUCACGAAAUCCAUAGAACUCAAGGAAAGCGAGGACGAGCAGAAGCGUCUUCGCCGAGAGAAGCUUGCUGCCGACAUCCCCCGAGUCGAUGCUGAAGUUCAGCAAAACCAAAGUAAGCUUGAACAGCUGCGAGCCGAGAUGGCGAGGAUAGAAGCCAGCGUGCAGAAGAGUCUGGAGGACAAGCGGCUCCUGGCAGAAGAAAUGGAGAGACUUGGGCAAGAGGCCGAGGACCAGCUUCAAGCUCAGAAGGAUAAGCUGGAGGAUCUCAGUAGACAAGAUUCUACGAUGAGCGAAGAUUCGUCUCUUCCAAAUUCGACUAUCCCAGUCACCGAACCUAGCCAGACUGCACAGCCCACGAUUCUCCAGCCCGCAAUUCUCCAGCCCGCGAUUCUCCAGCCCGCGAUUCCCCAGCCAGCGAACACGAACGGUACAGUCCACCCCGAGGAUAUGGAGACUCGAGAGACUCAGUCUUCUAUCAACGAUGCGCCUGGCUCAGAAACAAUCAAGACGACUCCAGUCAAUGGCAACAAAACCAUCCAGGACGAUCAUAGCGUUGUCUCCAGUUCUGUUCAGGAAUGUUCCAGCGAAACUGUUGCCGACCCCAAGGAGAGCGAUGUGCGGAGAGAAAAUGCGUCGACUGAUCGGGCGCUUGAGGCAGCUUUGCAAGAAGCAGUCCGUGCCGAAGCAGAUUCACAUGCACAAGAGGAGGAUGACAUGGAUAGCGAAGAUUUUUACGCCCCAGAUCCUACCCAAUCGCCACCGCGGACACCAAUGCAGGUAUCUGUACAGACUGGAAGCCCGGAAUACUCGCCAACGCUCGAUCGUUCAAUUCCUGAUGUACCUGGCGAAUCUGAUGACUAUGAACCCCCGGAAGCUACGCCCCCUAUUGAUGAGAGAUCCGCCCUUGAGUCUCCUCCUUUCAGCCCUGCUCCCCCCGAGAUCAUUUCUGAGGUCGACAACGAUGAGAGCUUAGAUGUUGACAUGUCAGGAUUUGAGCCCGCAGCGGCAGCUAACGAUGUUGAGAAAGGUCAUAGAAAAGAGGAGAUUCUGCCGUCCACCAAUGGUAGUUUCCCUCCAGUGGUUGAAGCUCACCAAGAAGCUGUUGAUAAGCAUGAACUGUUCACUCCUUACGAGAGUCCAUUGAAGCAGUUCAAAGCAUAUCGAUUUCACCCCAGCUUCAAAGAAGAUGUUGCCGGUGGUUUGAAGUCAAAGACUUAUAGCCACAAGAUCGAUUUGAUGGAAGAACUUUGCCGCUUCGAGACCGCCGGUGGCAUUUGUAACGAUACAUCCUGCGACUUUCAACAUUUCCGAGAUAUCGAUCUCCCUGAUGAUGCUAUUUUAACCGCCCUUGGUUCGCCAGAGGAGUUUAAAGGCGAGCAACGAGAUCGUUUCUGCAUGGGAUUAAGAGGGGUUCUUAUGGACCUGCGAGUGCGGAAGAUAAGAGACUUCGAUGUCAUUGCCUCUGAAAUCAUGAGUCACCGCGCCAAAUUCCUCGGCGACAAGUCCAAAGUUUUGGCUGCGCUUGAAGGCACGACCAUCUAAGAACUUACACCGGACAGCCCGACUUGUAAAAACACCAUUCCCGAUCUUUCUAUGGGACUUGAUCCCCCAAUCGUACGACAUUAUACCAUAUGUUGAUCAAAGCCAACUCUUUUCCGCUGCGUCGACAAGUCCUGGGACAACUGUUUUCUCUCCCUUUUUUCUUUUUUAUAGUACAUUUGCAUAACGGUUCUAUCUCUUGCAUGGAAAACGGAGUUGCAUGGGCCGGACCAACAGGUGUUUACGGCAGUGGCUUUGCUACGAUACCCCGUUCGAUAAUAUUUGCUUGCUCUUGCUUUGCUUCUGAGCAUUUUGAGAAGAUCGAACGACCGACACCUGAGGCGAACGAACACAGACUCUUGUCAGAGCUAGGAGAAAAAUCAUACCAAUACCCAGGCGUGAAGGCAUGCUGGGCUAGAGUCUGGGUCGACGUCGAUAGAUAAUACUGAAUGAACAAUAUUUCUUUCCAUAAA